CAAAUUCCGCCGGCUCGCCCGCCGGCCGGCAAUACAGCUCCCUGCACCAUCAACAAUGGCGGCAGCCAAACAUGCGCCAUGGUUUGACUUCAACAGUGUUUACUUGAUGUGUUUCUUGAGAAGUUGUAUUUAGGUUCGGCGUUUCGGGAUCGGCGUGUUUUCAAUGAAAACCGGCGAAAAUUGAGUGAACGAGUGCGAGAUGCCCCACGACGUGCCGUUCUUGACCUCCGUGUGCAGUUUGCGAGUGUCGGCUUGGCUUGAAAUUCUUUGCUAGGAAAAGGCUGUGCUAGCUAUGAACGAGGCGGCUUCCAAAAUCGCGAAAAUUUUCACUAAUUCACACCCUGUGACGCUGGCAGCAUGAGACAAGGUCGCGCCGGCCAACGGAAAGCACGAUUGGCUGCUGUUUCAGGCCUUAGCCGCCGCGUAGCGCCCCCCAUCACGCUGCCAGUCACCCUGGAGGACCCCGCCACCACCUGGAAGGGACCGCCGCCCGGCUCGGAACCGCAGAACUUCGCAACCAACGCGGCAAACUCGUUCUCCGGGCCGCCGGCGGGCUUCCAGGGGCCAUCGCCUUUCCAGGGCCCGCCGGCGGGGGCCGGAUCGCCGGCCGGCGCGCCGCCAUACCAAGGAGGCCCCCCGCCCGGCUCCACCACCCCCCAGUACACCGCCUCGCCGGCGCCCUCGGGCUCGUCCACGCCCGGCCCCGGCCCGCCGCAGAGCGUCGGAAAUGCCUUCCCGCCGCCCCCCAACAGCGCGGGGCCGCCCUACAACGGCCCCGGGCCCGGGCCCUUCGGCUCGCCGUCGGCCGGCGGCCCGCCUUUCGGCCGGCCCGGCUCCUCGGGGCCGCCCUUCGUAGGGGGGCCCGGGCCGGGGGGCAACCCGCACUUCGCCUCGCCCGGACAGCCCUUCGCCCCCGGAUUCGGCAUCCCGCCCGGGUCGCCCUUCGGGCCCGGACCGGGGCACCCCAUGUCCGGGCCCAUGGAACCAGGACACGCGAUGAUGGCGAGGCAGAUGCCCGGACCCAUUCCAGUAGACCAAGGAUCUCUGCCCGUUCCCAGGCGGCAUACACCCUAUUUCGGUCAGCCUGACUACCGGAUAUACGAACUCAACAAGAGGCUACAGCAAAGGACGGAGGUUAGUUUGAAUGAAAGUGAUAAUCUUUGGUGGGACGCGUUUGCGACGGAGUUUUUCGAAGACGACGCCUCAUUAACGCUAGCUUUCUGUCUGGAGGAUGGCCCUAAGAGAUACACGAUCGGGAGGACGUUAAUUCCUAGGUACUUUAGGAGUAUAUUUGAAGGUGGAGUGACGGAACUGUACUAUAAUAUGAAGCAUCCGAAAGAGUCCUUCCACAACACUAGUAUUACGCUAGACUGUGAUCAAUGCACUAUGAUUACGCAUCAUGGUAAACCCUUAUUUACAAAGCGUUUCCCGUUCCAGGUAUGUACAGAAGGUCGUUUAAUCCUAGAAUUUACCUUUGAUGACCUGAUGAGGAUAAAAUCGUGGCACUUCGCGGUGCGGACGCACCGGGAGCUGAUUCCUCGAUCGGUGGUAGGAAUGCAUUCACAGCAAGACCCCAGCAUGCUGGAGCAACUGUCGAAGAACAUCACGAGGCAAGGAAUCACGAAUUCCACCCUCAACUAUCUUAGGUUAUGUGUGAUACUUGAACCUAUGCAGGAGCUAAUGUCUAGGCAUAAAGCUUAUGCACUGAGUCCAAGGGACUGUUUAAAGACGACACUUUUCCAAAAGUGGCAGAGGAUGGUUGCCCCGCCGGGUAAGAGAGAAUCUCAACGACCUGCCAACAAGCGGCGGAAACGUAAGGGUUCGAACUCUGGAGGAGCAGCUAACAAUGCGACGCCAGCACCCAACAAGAAGAGGUCGCCCGGACCAAAUUUUUCCCUAGCGUCGCAGGACGUGAUGGUAGUGGGUGAGCCGUCGCUGAUGGGUGGUGAAUUCGGUGACGAAGACGAGAGAUUGAUAACGCGGCUCGAGAACACGCAGUACGACGCGGCCAACUCCCUGGACCACGACAACCACGGUUUCCACGCGGACUCGCCGAUGCCGGGCUCGAACUCGUGGGGUGCGGGCGUGGGCGACCGGGGGCCGGGUGUGGGCCCGCCCCAGGGCAACACCCCCUCCAACCAGGACUCCGAUAAAAAAUCGCCCGCAGUGAGCCAGUGAUGAUAGUUCAUUCGUAAUAAAUAACGAACAUUAGAAUCUCUCCGAGUCAGUAUUUCCUGUUGACAGUGCGAUCACGCUACUAGCCAGUGACACGUUGUUUUUCAUUUUUUAUUUAAUUUUAUAUGCAAGUUUACAAAGUAAAGACUAUCCAGUGCAAGAAUUGACGGGAGUGAGACGGGAUACGACGGACUGCGUUUAACUUGGAGUGGAUUGUGACGAAGAAACUCGAUUGUCGGGGUUGUGGUGGCAGCACCGGAUGCGGUGCUGGCACCGCAAGCUGGAUAAGGCUAUUGCACCCGAAACUGUGCAAUCUUACAAUGGUUCCUUUUGGAACCACUCACCAUAGGUACCUCUACAGAAUGAAUGUGGUUCUCGAAUGAUGCAGCUCAUUUGUACAGUAGCUAUAAAACAUCACACUGUCUUGUUUGUCUUCUGAGUAACACAGAUAUUUCGAGCGGAGGCUGCGGGGGCGCGGGGGAGCGGCGGCCCCGUCGCGGGCCCAGCCGGCGAGAUCUUGUUUAUUUAUUGGUUGAUCGCGUUUCCUAUAUUAGCUGUGGGGUUAAGUUCCUAAAGAUUUCCGAAAGCCGGCGAAACUCGCGACCAGCGUCGCGCGAUCCGCGCGCGCCCGCAGGCUCGUCGACGAGCGCGAGCUCGUUUAUUAGGAUCAAUUUUGUAUAGUGAAGAUAAAUUUAAAUUGUAUAACAUACUUAUAAAUAUUAUGUCCAUUGAGAAUAUGUAACAUACAUCCGGUCGCGAUGUAUUUUAUAAGAGCGUUUGAGUGAGAGAGGGUUUUAAGAAAAAUUCUUUUAAACGAAUGCCUGCAUUUGCUGUAUCGGUGUCAGAAUGAGAGGUUUAAUUGUAACAAGUAAUUAAAAAAAAAAUUAAAAUUUGGGACUGCAGUAUUUUUUACUAAGUCUCAUUUCCAGCUGUGUAAGUGUAUUUUUACAACUCUUUUGUCAGUAGUUGUGUGUGUCUUUCCUUGUUCCGGUUGUUUGGUUUAUUUCCAUUUUUCAAUUUGUAAUCUCAUGUGUAACGAGACUGUACCCAGUACAGCUCCUACUGCAACCUCACAAUACAACACUUACAAAUA